UUAUAUAUUUUUGUUUUAGCAACUUGACUCGCCAGCCCCGCCCCUCGCACCGUCCGGCCCCUACACACAAGUCGCGUGUUUCUGUUGUUGUGUGCGUUGAGGUAGCUUCAGCUUCGCCCUGUUUCAGUUUCAAUUUCAGUUUCAGUUUUGCGCUGCGCUGUGUUUGGCUUUGCACUUUUGCCCAUCAGCGACGGCUUUUGCGCGCCUUCGUGAACGCGUUUCAAAUUCGACCCGAUAUAUUUCGUUACGAUAUAUAUACACAAAUAUAUGCAUAUAUAUGUAUUUGAACUGUUUAUGUGCUCAAUAUUUUAAGUACUUGAAGAAUAACGAAAUUAUUGUGAAAAUAUGUUUUGUGCGUUUAUCUGUGAAUUUUAUAUGAUAAAGUUAAUUUAAUGCGCAGGAUUUGAGAGCUUGAGACGCUGAAGAACUUUUGAAUUCAUAAAAGGGCAAACCCUUAAGACCUUAAGACCGGGUAAAACGUGUUGGUAUCUAUGUAUAUGUUGUCCAUGCUGCUGCUGUCACAGUUAGCUGUAAACAUUGAUUAUGCCAUUGUUGCUAGCAAACUACUAUCAACAGCAACAGCAGCAGCAACUUCGCCAGCAACAGCAGCAACAUCGACAACAGACAGUUGCUAGGGCUGCCAGCAUUAACGGCAUGUUACUAGAAUACAAAAACGCUUGCAACACAAAUCAAAGCAGCAGCAGCAGCAGCAGCGGCAGCAGCGAUCACAAUAGCAGCGGCAGCAGCAGCAGCAUUCGACAGCUGGCCAAAGCGGAAGCACUAACAAUGUCAACGCCAACAACAACAACCAAAUACAAAUUGAACAGCGAUGCGAGCGAUGGCAUUGCAGCAGCCACGCUGCUCUACCAUCACCAUCAUCAUCAUCAUCAGCAGCAGCAGCAGCAACAACAGCAGCAGCAGCAGCAUCAACAGCAUCAGCAGCACUUGCUGCUGCAGCAGCAGCUGUUGCAGCAACAUGUUGCCAACAGCACACCGCUGCAACAUCUGAGCAAUCUGUUUGGCCAGCAUUUGCCUACGCACAGUCUGCAGCAUUUGAUAACCGCUGAGUAUUGGCAGCAGCGUUGCCCCACAGCAGCCACCACAACAACGGCAAUUAAAAGCGAGCCAACAACUCAAUCGCCAACACCAACACCAACUGCGACAGCAACAGCAACUGGCAAUGCAGAUGCUGCAUCGGUGUUCGACUUCACGCGGCAGCAACACGUCAAUUUUGCCGCCUCAUUAGUUGCAUUACAACAAAAUGAUGCUGCGCCCGAGGCGACAGCAACAACAACAGUGCACACAAAGGCUGCAGCAGCAGCAGCAACAUCGCUGCCUGCAUCGGCAGCAACAUCACCGGCGCCAGCAACAAGCGAAGCAAAUGACGAAGAUGUCGGCGACGACAACAACAUGCAAAAUGCAGGCGUGGGCUUUAAAUUUGAGAAGGAUGAAACGCUUGUGGACACAAUUAUGCGCGAUGUUAGCAGGACAAUGGAACACAACGAAACGAACAAUGGUCAGGAUAAUGGUCAACUAAAGCUGCACGACAGCGACGAAGUAGGAGAAGAAGAGGAAGAGGAGGAGGAGGAUCAGCGAACAACGACACUUGGCAACAACAGCGACAAUUUGUUGUCUUCCUUUCGGCUGAAAAGCGAAGCACAGGACGAACAGCAACACGAGCCUCAGGAGCUCUGCGAACAAAGCUCAAAGGAAGCUCAGCAAUUGGAGCAGUGCGUCAAGCAGGAGCAACAUAACGACAUCAGCCGACUGUCGCGCUCGCCUUCGCCGCUGCAAUCGAACGCUUCUGAUUGUGAUGACAACAACUCGAGUGUGGGCACCUCCAGCGAUCGUUGUCGCUCGCCCCUGAGUCCAGCGCUGUUGCUGACCCAGCAGCAGGCCAAGCGACAGUUGCUCUCGAUGCAGCCGCAUCCGGCGCACCAUCACCAUCAUAAUCACAAUCACACUCAUAAUCAUAAUCAUAAUCAUCUGCAGCAGACGUACAAGCAGGAGCAGCAGGAUGAGGACUAUGAUGAUGCCAAUGGCGGUGCACUCAAUUUGACCAGCGACAAUUCGCGGCACAGCACUCAGAGCCCGGCCAAUUCGGUCAAAUCGACAGCGGGCACACCGCCGGCUCAGCUGACGGCACCGCUUGUCUCACCUGUACUGCCGCCCACCGUUGCCGCGCCCACUUCUAUGGCAGCCGCCGCCGCGGCCGCCGCUGCAGUGGCUAACAGCAUGCAACCGGGUCUUGGCUUCGCCUUACCCGGCCUAUCCUCGCCCCAGCUGGCGGCUGCCGGCCUGGCCCUGAAUCCCUUGCUGGCCGGCUCCAUUUCGCAACAGGAUUUCUCUCAGCUCCAGCAGGUGCUGCAGCAGCGACAGGUCGCACUGCAGCAGCAGCUCAAUAGCUAUAUAGAACUGUUGCGCAGCGGCUCGCUGGGUCUGUCGCAGGACGAUCCGGCAUUGGCUGGUCAGAUCGCUGCCGCUCAGUUCCUGAUGCAGAGCCAGCUGCAGGCGCUGUCCCAGGCCACACAGCAGCUGCAGGCGCUGCAGAAGCAACAGGAGACGCUGAGUAUGUGCAAAUCGCCGCUGCAGCAGCCGCGCAGCUCGACGCCCCAUUCACGGAGUCCAGCUGCAGUGCGCAGUCCGGCCAGCUCGCCGCAUCAGCCGCUGCAGAUAACGCCGCCUAAUUCGGCAGCCAGCUUGAAGCUGAGCGGCAUGCUAACGCCCAGCACGCCCACCAGCCACUCGCACACCCAUGGCCACGCCCACACGCACAGUCAGGUCACACCGCAGCCCAAAACGGUGGCCAGUGCGGCAGCGGCGCGUGCAGCCGGCGAGCCCUCGCCCGAAGAGACCACAGAUCUGGAGGAGUUGGAGCAGUUUGCCAAGACCUUCAAGCAGCGACGCAUCAAACUGGGCUUCACCCAGGGCGAUGUGGGCCUGGCCAUGGGCAAGCUCUACGGCAACGAUUUCUCCCAGACCACCAUCUCGCGCUUCGAGGCGCUCAAUCUGAGCUUCAAGAACAUGUGCAAACUGAAGCCCCUGCUCCAGAAGUGGCUGGACGAUGCGGAUCGCACGAUUCAGGCCACCGGCGGCGUCUUCGAUCCGGCUGCCCUGCAGGCCACAGUCAGCACGCCGGAAAUAAUUGGACGUAGACGCAAAAAGCGUACGUCGAUCGAGACAACGAUCCGUGGUGCUUUGGAGAAGGCCUUCAUGGCCAAUCAGAAGCCCACCUCCGAGGAGAUCAGCCAGCUGGCCGAUCGUCUGGGCAUGGAGAAGGAAGUGGUGCGUGUCUGGUUCUGCAAUCGCAGGCAGAAGGAGAAACGCAUCAAUCCCUCGCUCGACAGUCCAACGGGCGCCGAUGACGACGAGUCGUCCUACAUGCUCCACUAGAGAGACGGUGCGAGCCCAACUCUACGAUUGGAACACAAACACAGUGCAAUGUGCGCAGACCAUAGAGAACAAACGCGCACAGCUUAACUAAUUUAAAGCAGGAUCAAUGUCGCAAAACACAUCAAAUAUUAGCAUAAUUCUUCACUAUGAUUCGGUUUCACGCACCAAUCGCACACACAUACACACAUAGAUAAACACAGACACAUGUGUGUGUGUGUGAGUGGUUUGUUUUAUGUUAACUAUUAUUCGUAUUCAUUGUAACAAAUUAUAUAUAAAUAUAUAUAUAAAAGUAAAAGCAAAUUAGCAUCCAAAAUGUGGCUGAUCAAAUGAACUUGUGAACUACUACUAGUUCAUUUAAACACCCACAUUUGCAAAUAAAAUAUUAAUGCAAUUGCCUGUUGCGGCCAACAGGAAAAUGCAUUGAAUUUUUAUUGAAAUUGUCCUAUAUGUCGUACGAUUAAUAUUUAAGUCAUGUUUAGUCUAAGACUUUUCUUGCAGUGUAAUAUUUUCGAGUCAGCAAACAAAAAACAAAAAAAUACAACUUCUAGGAAAUAAAUUCUCUAAAUACAAUUUUUAACAAAACAUUUAAAUAUUCAUCUAACAAACUUUUAAGCAUAUUUAUUUUUUCGUGAAUACUGUGAUAAUCAAUUGAAUGAUUUUUAAUUUUAAUUAAAAAUUAAAUGCAAACAGAAAAUAAUGAUUAAUAACAAUAAAUUUUAUCUAUAAGCUUUUUAGUAAUGGGCAAGCAAAACUAACAAUUAAAAAAAAAAAAUUAAAAACAUUUGUAAUUUAAAUAUAAAAAAUAUAUAUAUAACAAAAAAUAAGAAUAUAAAAUUGUAACAGUAAACCAAUUGAAUUUAUCAGCAACACAACAAUUUGUAUAUGUAAAUUAUAAAAAUAAAAAAUAUUAAAAAAAUAUAAAAAAUAUGUACUAAUAGAUUUUUAAAAUGUAUAAAACAAAACAACAAAUAUAUUUAAAAAUUAAUUAAUACAAAAUAAAAAUAGUUAUC